AUGCACUUUAGAUUAAGGCAUCUUGUCGCCUUGCCAGCAGCACGACGUGCAUUCGCGCUCUGCAGCACCACCACAAGCAGCAGAAGCAGCAGCAAUAAUGUCGCUGUCGGCCUCACUUGCCUAAUCUGCAAGCGACGCCUGCACCUUUCCGCGCCGCAGCUGGGAAGCUCAGACACGUUCUUUGUGGAGGACGCGUUUGAGAGUGAAGCCCAGCAACAGCAGCAGCAUCAAGAAGAAAUGCGGCGUGUAUCUGUCGAUGCCACAGCAGGUGACAAGAAAGCGUGUGAUGAUUUUUCAGGUGAAGAGGACGAGUCUGGAAAGCUGAAGGUAUGCGAGGCAGACGUUCUCGAAAUCCUGCGGGAUGCUGUGCCGCUGACAAGCUCCGAGGACGUGAAGGAACUCCUUAAGGGUGCGAAGAAUGCCAAGGAGGUGCGGCAUGUGCUCAAUACCGUCUUGUAUCGUAAUCCUCUGUGCAACGAUGUAUUGAACGGUCAUGGUUAUCGAGUGGCUGUGCUACAAGCGUUGACUGCUGUGGCGCCACGCACACGCUGCCUGUAUGAGUGGUUUGAGUGUGUCGACAAAUUCCGUCGGUUGGGGUUCGUGCUGACACGCACCUUCGCGGCGGAGGGCUUCACGCUGAUUCGGCAGUGGCUCUCCCAUCACUUUAACUACGAGGGCCGCUCACCGCUGCUUGUUACGGAGGGCAUUGCCCACAUCCGUGAGCUUGUGCAAAUCUGCAAAGAGGAUUGCCUUGUGUUUGAUCACGUGCUGUAUACCCGCAUCAUAUUUCUUCUUACAAUGGUUGUGGGCUUCUUUGAUCGGCAGAACAUUUACCGUUCUACCUUCCCAGAGAAUUUCUCAAAGCGCGACGGUGUGGUGGUGGAAUGGGUUGUCAGUGGUGUGCGCUGCGUUGACUUUGACGAGUGCACCCUCCAGUGCGACGCGGUGUUGGAGGAGAUGCUCGAGAUGCUGCGGCAGGACAUCCCCUCGCGGCCGAACUUUGGCAUCAUGUACCGGUUGAUUGAUUACUACUUUGCCACGGACAAUGUAGAGAAGAUGAUCGCCACUAUGGAGGAUGCUGAUAGCUAUGGCAUCGGCAUCGCAGAGAGUAGCACCGCAAAGCUCAUGCAACUUGCGUGCGCGCUGAAUUACCCAAACGUGCCGGAGCUAUUCAUGCGGUGGCGCGUGUCACUACCGCAGUGUGUGUUGGCUGCCCCCGACAUGAGUCGUCUGAUGUUCUACUACUCCCGUUCGGGUGGUGGGCGGCCGUGCCCGCUAUGCGGCGAGCCAUACAAUCAUCGCAAUGUGUGCGUCUACGUGUGGCAGAAGACACCGGAAAGGCAGCGCAACUGCCCCGCGCUGAAAGAGGCACAGCGACGUAAAGGUGUGCUGGACGAGAAUACGGCACUCCCGCAGAAUCAGGACUGGAGUGAAGUCGCAUUCGGCUUGUGGGGCAUGUCGCAGAGCCGCGCCAUUGAGUGGGGGACUGUGGAGUGGCGUGCCUUUCUUCUUUGCUGUAUGUUCUCCCCACGAGCUCUGGAGGCGAAGAAACUUAUUGACGAUCAUUGCGAUCACGCCAAGAUGGACGACUUCUUGCGUGCCACGUACACCCGGCUGCUGCGUCACCAUUCACCGGAAUUGGUUUCAUCGAUGUUGCGUGCGUGGCGCGACAAGGGAUACCGUAUUUCGCCGAUUGUCUUACAAGAGUCCCUCAUGGCGGUUGUGAUGAUCAAUAACGCAAAGGAGCGCUGGCUUGACGCAAAUCACAUCUGGAAGGCCCUGCUGGAGAGGGACAGCUAUGUGAUGCCUUUUACAAAGCGACUGCUUCAGCGGAGGCUGGAGGAGUUGCGCGCGCGUCCCUCCGGCGUGGCAGCGGAGGAAGAGAAAUUGUUUGAGGAAAUGAUUGGCAUGCAACCGCGCCAUUUGUCGCUGCUGGAUAUGAAGGACAGCACAGCCGAUUUUGUAGUGGGUAGUUCCAGGAAAAAUGUCUACAUUCCACCUGCUAUUGCCAGUCGUGGGGAAGCUGUGCGACAACGACGGCGAGCAUAA